UCGGGAGCGCGCGCGAGGUGUGUGCGCGCUGUCACUGACUGAGAGUCUCUGAGAAGACACCAAAUCAAGACUUCGGGGCUAAUGGCUAGUGAACAACUUAUUGAUGUCAUGGUUAUAGUUUGCCCAGUGUCCAAAGGGUAAAGCAGUUCCCAGAGGGUGCUAUGGCGACCUUCCAGGAGUUCAUCCAGCAGAACGAGGACAGGGAUGGUGUCCGUUUCAGCUGGAACGUUUGGCCAUCCAGUCGUCUGGAAGCCACACGCAUGGUGGUUCCAGUGGCCUCGCUGUUCACCCCACUAAAAGAGCGGCCGGAUCUUCCCCCGAUUCAGUAUGAGCCUGUGCUGUGUAGUCGGGCCACGUGCCGAGCUGUUCUCAAUCCUCUGUGCCAAGUGGAUUACAGAGCAAAACUUUGGGCAUGCAACUUCUGUUAUCAGAGAAAUCAGUUUCCACCAACUUAUGCUGGGAUAUCGGAGGUGAACCAGCCUGCUGAGCUGCUUCCACAAUUUUCCACAAUUGAAUAUGUUGUCCAGCGUGGUCCACAGAUGCCCUUGAACUUCCUGUAUGUGGUGGACACGUGUGUGGAAGAUGAGGAUCUACAGGCCCUGAAGGAGUCUCUUCAGAUGUCCCUGAGCCUGCUGCCUCCCACUGCCCUGGUCGGCCUCAUUACGUUUGGACGCAUGGUCCAGGUUCAUGAGCUGGGCUGUGAAGGCAUCUCUAAAAGCUACGUCUUUAGGGGCACCAAAGAUCUCAGCGCUAAGCAGUUGCAGGAGAUGCUUGGGUUGACCAAACCAGCUGCAGCACAGGCAGGCCGAGGGCCACAGCAGCCUCAAGCUCCUACUUCAAACAGGUUUCUUGAGCCAGUUCAGAAGAUAGAUAUGAAUCUGACAGAUUUGCUGGGAGAGCUGCAGAGAGACCCCUGGCCUGUCACUCAAGGCAAACGACCUCUGAGAUCACUCGGAGUUGCUCUUUCCAUUGCUGUUGGUUUAUUGGAGUGCUCUUUCCCUAACACCGGUGCUCGCAUCAUGGCUUUCAUUGGUGGUCCAGCCACUCAGGGUCCAGGCAUGGUGGUAGGAGAUGAACUGAAAACACCUAUUAGAUCCUGGCAUGAUAUUGAGAAAGACAAUGCUAAGUUCAUGAAGAAAGCCACAAAACACUAUGAAGCCUUGGCCAACCGAGCUGCAACCAAUGGACACAUCAUUGAUAUUUAUGCAUGCGCCCUGGACCAGACAGGAUUACUGGAAAUGAAGUGCUGCACCAACUACACAGGGGGUUAUAUGGUGAUGGCAGACUCCUUCAACACAUCCCUGUUCAAGCAAACUUUCCAAAGAGUUUUCACCAAGGAUGUGCAAGGUGCCUUUAAGAUGGCAUUGGCAGGGACUCUGGAGAUUAAGACUUCAAGAGAGAUUAAGAUAUCUGGAGCAAUCGGCCCAUGUGUCUCACUGAAUGCCAAAGGUCCUUGUGUGUCAGAAAAUGAAAUAGGAACUGGUGGCACAAGUCAGUGGAAGAUUUGUGGACUGGACCCAAAUACUACUCUUGCAUUCUACUUUGAGGUCGUAAAUCAGCAUAACGCUCCCAUCCCGCAGGGUGGCCGUGGAGCCAUACAGUACGUAACACAAUAUCAGCAUUCUAGUGGGCAAAGACGUGUCCGAGUCACUACGAUCGCAAGGAACUGGGCCGAUGCUCAAACUCAGAUACAGAGCAUUGCUGCGUCUUUUGACCAGGAGGCUUCUGCUAUCCUCAUGGCCCGUCUGGCCGUCUAUAGGGCUGAGACGGAGGAGGGGCCAGAUGUUUUGCGGUGGCUGGACCGUCAGCUCAUCCGCUUGUGCCAGAAAUUUGGAGAUUACCAUAAAGACGAUCCCAACUCAUUCCGUUUCUCCGAGACAUUCUCAUUGUAUCCUCAGUUUAUGUUCCAUCUGAGAAGAUCUUCAUUCCUGCAAGUGUUCAACAACAGUCCUGAUGAAAGCACCUACUACAGACACCAGUUCAUGAGGCAGGACCUGACACAGUCUCUCAUAAUGAUACAGCCCAUCCUGUAUGCAUACUCAUUCAGUGGCCCACCAGAGCCCGUGUUGUUGGACAGCAGCAGUAUCUUGCCCGACCGCAUCCUCCUCAUGGACACCUUCUUCCAGAUUCUGAUCUACCACGGAGAGACAGUGUCUCAGUGGCGUAAAGCAGGAUACCAAGACAUGCCCGAGUAUGAGAACUUCCGCCAUCUCCUGCAGGCUCCAGUAGAUGAUGCCCAAGAAAUUCUACACUCCCGUUUCCCCAUGCCACGCUAUAUAGACACAGAGCAUGGAGGCAGCCAGGCCCGUUUCCUCCUCUCCAAAGUGAAUCCUUCUCAGACACACAACAACAUGUAUGCAUGGGGUCAGGAGUCUGGUGCGCCCAUUCUGACAGAUGAUGUGAGUCUUCAGGUCUUCAUGGAUCAUUUGAAAAAGCUGGCAGUGUCCAGCGCUGCCUAAGAGCCCUGAGUCUCCGCUCAUCAAUCACAUUGUCCCUUUUCUAAUCCCAGAAGCACAAAGGCAGUGGGGCACAUUAGCCCGUCCUCAGUUUUUCCCAUUCAUAUUGUGCAUAUAUAGAUGUCAGAUCCUUAAAAAGAGUCUAGUUGAUCACAAAGGUAAAUGUAAUAUUUUCAAAAUGUAUUAUGAAAAUAAAGACAAACGCCACGCCCUGAUUAAUACUACAUGUUGAAUAUGCAUCAGGACUGUUUUAAUCAAAAUGUAUUUAGCUAUGUAACUGUAGUGGGCACAUAUUUUAAGGAAUAGGUUACCCCCCCCAAAAAGUCUGUCAUUAUUUACUCACCAUCAUGUCGUUUCAAACUUGUAUGCUGUUAUUUUUCCAUGUAUUUCUAUUUGUUUUUAAGAAUUAUUACACACUUGCCAUACAACAACAGUUCAUAGUGACCUGGGCCUGUCAAUCUCCAAAAAAACAAAAAAAAAAGGACAAAAAACACCAUUAAAGUACCAUAAAAAUAGUCCACACUACUCGUAUGCUAUAUUCCAAGUCUUUUGAAGUCAUACUUUUUGUUUGGGAGAGGAAAAUAUUGAAAUUUCAGUAAUUAUUCAUUGGUAAUGCACCCUCCCCUUGUCCGUGUUCACAUCCAGAAUUAAAAAAUGGACAACAACCAAUGCCGUUUUGACAUCAGUGAUGUUGAAGCGUCAUUUUUAAGGUGGAUUAUGAUGCAGAAUUUUGCAGAAAGUGAAAAUCAUCAGUGAAUAACGACUUAAAUUUCAAUCUGUUCCUCACACAAAACUAUAGUAUGGCUUCAGAAGACUUGGAAUAUAGCGCACAAGUCUUAUGGACUACAUUUUUUUAAAUGGCAUGGUUGCAUAAUGAUUCUUAAAAAAUAUCUAUUUAGUUUUACUGCCAAAAUAACAGCAUUUGGGAUUGGAACAACAUAAGUGUGUGUAAAUAAUGACAGUUUAAAUUUUUGGAUAAACUAUCCCUUUAAAUCUGAUGUUUACGUUUAUAAAUCUCUGUGAUGAAACCUCAUGUUGAACGGAGGGAGGAAACCAGGUUUUGUUUUAGCACACCUGCAGCUGACACUUUUGUUUGCCUAGUCGAGGAAGGUGAAAGCAGUGCCAUUGUAGCCUAUUUAGCAUGAGAGCAUCAACGCUGCCUCUAGCCAACAGCGCAAAACAAUUGCUUAUUUUUAGACCCCAUUCGCAUCGCCGUUGAUGGUUUCUGUUUCAGUGCAGUGUUGAGAGCCCCAUUUCGAUCACAGACUUGCGGAAUUUGAAAGCUGCCUUUUUUGUCUGUCGCUCUGAUAUUUAUAGCAGUAUUGUAUGUUUUGUUUCUAAUAAAACAUGGCUGAUCACCCCAGUUGGUCUUCAGAGUUCAGCUUUUGAACAGUGGAAACAGAACGAGAUAUAUAUAUAUAUAUAUAUAUAUAUAUAUAUAUAUAUAUAUAUAUAUAUAUAACAUUUAUUUCUUGUAACUCUUGCCUUUUAAGUCAGAAUAUUAGUCUGAAAGGACACAGCUUGUCAAUGUGUCUCCUUUUCCUUUAAAGGAAUAGUUAUGCCACAUAAUGUCAUUCUAAACCUUAUAACUUUCUUUCUUCCAUGGAACACAAAAGGAGACGUUUUGAAAAAUGUCUCCACUGCUUUUGUCCUUACAUCAAAAGUAUACAGCGACCAGGAGCUCCAAAACGCACCAUAAAAGUAGCCGCGCUAUAUUCCCAGUCAUUUGAAGCCAUAUGAUAGAUUUGUGUGAAGAACAGAAAAUUACUCUAAUUAUUCACUGAAAAUAAUGACCCUCAUCAUUCGGUCAACAAUUACUAACACCAUUUGGUUCUCAACCUUUUGUGUCCACGAAAGAAAGUCAUGCAGGUUUGGAUGAGGAUGAGUAAAUGUUGCACAAAUAUUCACUAAUGGGGUUACUAUUCCUUUAACAGAGAUCAAUAAUUGCUUAUGUUCCAUGAGUGAAGCCGCCUUUUCACUGUUGCAGACAUUCGCAUACGACUGUCGCAUUUUGCCCCCUAGUGGUAGUCACAGUAAACUUUCAGUUUGCUCUCAAUAGAUUGGAUUCGUUGCAAGAAGGCACUUGCGAAUCGCGUCAGAGCAUACAGUCCUUUGAGACAUAUAAAACAUUUUAUAAUUAAAAGGAAGCUUUUAAGAAAGGUAGUAAGGUUUUUGGUUUUCUGAGUUUGUUGACAUUCGGCUACUGUGGGAUUUUGUAAAGCAGAUGGAUAAAUUCGAUUAAAUUCAUGAUUAAUCACUCCGUAUUUCUUGUUGUUAUUAUUAUUACUGUUUUUAUAGUUAUAAAUAAUAAUUCAAAAUGGGGAGUAGGCCUACAAAGUACAAGUUUGUCGGAUGUAGUGAAAAGGCGGCUUUAUUGCUCACAAUUUAGACUAUCAUUAAAUAAGAUUUAAGCACUGCCUGUGUACCACACAAAGUCAUAAAAAGGAUUACAUACCCA